AUGGGCUCCAAACAAGGGAACCAAGCCGCUUCAUUCCGCACCUAUCAGCCUUCUCCAAAUCUGCUGUUCGAUGUGGUGCCCAUCAAUCCUCUCGACACGACAAAUCUCGUGAAGCCCUGGGUCGUUACUUAUUCUAUAUAUCUGAAUGGACGCCUAGACUCUGUCAAGCUACAUGACUCUUUAGAGACUUUGAUCUCGAAAAAGCAUAGAAUUCUUGGUGCGAGACUGACUGCGGCAUUAGACACCUUUUAUGUGCCUCAUUCAGAGUCGUUCUCGCGCGAUACCUUGCCAGCUGUUGUAUUUUCGUCAAAUGAUCAUGGAGAGAAAAGUGUCAAAUCUGCCAAUCCUCAUCUGCCACAAUUAGAUGCUCGACCCGACCGCAUCACUCUUCACCCUGCCGCCGAGUCACUUCAAGCUUUCGUUGCGGCCGAGGGAACUCCAGAACAGUAUUUCCCAAGCCCCAACCAGCCGGAACUUAACCCCCCGAUGCUGAAAGUGGACGUUGAAACAUUUUCCGACGCGACGAUCAUAAGUGUACGCAGCCCUCAUAUUCUCCACGAUGCCAAGGGAUACGAAAGAAUCCUCACAGCCUGGGCGACUGCUGUAAAUUCUGGCGUGGAAGAUGUGCCCGACCUGGCACCGCUGGGAUGGGAUCCUCUUUCAGGGCUCGGUAACAAGAACAGUCCAGCAAACGACGCCAAAAAGAUACCGCGGGGAUGGACGUCGAUCGUGGGUGACGCUGAGAAAAAGAUGGCCGCCAGCAUGACGCAGGAGUUUGAAUCGGAGCCUCGGGCAAAGUCCAUGUCGAUUCAUUUCCCUAUAUCUGAGAUUAAGCGGCUGCGGAAAGAAGCUCAAGUGGCGGCUCCAGAUGGCGUGCGACUGAGUGAAAACGAUGUUGUCUUUGCCUUCUUGGCUCGUGCCUGGGCCAGUUCCAGCUCUACAUCACCAUCCACUCCGGCUCACUUGAUGUUCCCGAUAGAUCUCCGGGGUAGACUGCCGGAGCGAUUUGGGCCAGAUCCCGGCUCGUACAUCCACAACUCUGUCUUUGCAGUUCCUCUCUUGCGCACUUUUGCCAUGGAGGACCUUCGAAACAUGUCUUUGGGAGAUGUCGCGAUGGAGAUCAGAAAGACGGUGCAGCAGCUGACGAAUGAGGAGAUGGAACGCAAUGCCGACUGGGUACUUGCUAAUGCAGAGCAGAAUCCGAUUCCUCGCGGGCCCGAAGGAUUGAUGUUUGGCGUGAGUAGCUGGAGGAAGAUGAAGUUCUUGGACUUCAAUUUCAAGGGAGCUGUCGAGAGCGGUGGCGACGGUAAAUUGGUCCGCAUAUGGGGGAGUGCAAGCACGGCUUUUGGAGCUCGAGGAAUCUGCGUUGUCGAAUGCGACGAUGGCGAGGGCGGACUUUGGUGUUCAGUGGAAUUACCCGAGGGAGAUUGGGACAGAGGCCAGUUUGGGGAUCUUGAGAAGCGAGGAGUUUAG